AUGUUGCUGCUGAAAUUGCGAAUUUUCGUCGUCGUCGUCGUCGUCGCGUUAUUUGUUGGUGUGCAUUGUACACCAAUUGCGCCACCAAAGUUGGCGUCACCAAAUGAGGAAAUACAUGUCCGCAAUCGGCGUUGGUAUCCCUAUGGUGGCUAUGGCGGCUAUGGCGGCUAUGGCGGAUUCGGAAUUGGCAUCGGCUAUGGUGGCUAUGGUGGAUGCUAUGGAAAAUGA